CUGCCGCGUUCCUCUUUUGUUGUGUCCUGCGGGCCGCUCUUUGCACGCACCACGCACCACCGUGAGUGCAGAAGUAUCGACGCACAGACAGCAGAAGUAGCGAGCGGUCUGGUGCUGCAGCUGUAACUGGGUGUUCUUAUGGAUAGAUUCCUCCCAUCUAUCGGCGGUCCAACUCAUGCCGCCAAAAAAACAUGUGGAGAACCAACGUGUGCGAUGAGAUCUUUACUGAUCACCGCAGUCCACCAGUGCCCAUGCGGGCAGCCGAUGCAUGGCUUCUGUGGCCGAGGAAUCGGUGAGGAAGGCUUCGGGCAGCAGAGAGAGUGCACAGAUUGUCAGAGGAGAACGACCACAGGCAAGAUCGGCACAGGCACAAGUCCCAUGGAGGUGAACAGCAGUAGCGACAACGAGGACAACAGCAGUAGGACGAGGCAACGGGCUGGGGGCAAAGAGUCAGAAUUUGCAAGGAAGGGGAAACGGCCUCAACGCACCGCGGGGCGGGGCGGCGGAGGCGCCGCGGGGGGGGCUGCAGAGGUGCCACGUGGGGAGGCGGCGGAGGUGCCGCGGGGGAGGGCACAGGACGCCCUUCGCGCCCCGAAGCCGGUACACGACGAAGUGGAAGAGAAACUACGCAAGUGGAUCAAGAUCGCAAGAGCACGCUUUAACGAAACAAAGAUUGGCGUGAGUGGUUCGAUGAUCCAGGCCCAGGCGUUGAAGAUCGCGGCGCAGAUGGGGAAGACCAACUUCAAGGCGACCAGCGGCUGGCUACAUCGCUUCCUGAUUCGCUACAGCUUCACUCACGUCCAAUUGCACGGAGAAGCUGGCGACGUGGACAAGCAGAAGGUGGCAGAGGAGAUCGAGAGAAUUCGUGAGCAGCUGCAGGAGUUCGACGUCGAGUUUAUUCUUAACAUUGUCGAGACGAGACUUUUCUUCCGCUGCUUCCCGAGAGGGUUCGAAGGCCAUGAAGGCCAAGGAUCGGUGCACGGUGGUCGCCUGCAAUACGACCGGGUCUCUGAUGGUGCCGUUGGCCGCCAUCAGCACGUCGAAAAAACGAUGGUUUCCCGCCACAUCUGUUCUCAGAAGUGGCGUAGCUUCGACACGCGUAGUUUGAGGCCGUCUUACGCGGAGGCCGGGUCGAAAAAGCCGGAGUUCUCGGCCGCCGCCACCGCCGCCGCCGCCCCUUCGCAAACUUUGGUCGCUAAUGGCGAGAUUAUUAGUCUUGGGGACGAAGCCCCAGCAUCACCAGAAACCACAGCCCUGGCACCACCGCCAACACCAGAAAAACCGGCAACGGCAAUAGCAGCGGCAGCAGCACCAGAACCAGCGGCACCGGAACCAAGCGUCCAGGGCGGCGGCGGUGCUGGUGACGCCGCCGCACUUGAAGCGGCGCCCGAUUCAGACGGCACGGAGAGCGACAUCGAUGUCUGCGGGCCCGGACGUCGAAGGCCGGGCGACGAGAGCGACGACGACAUUUUCGGUCUCAACCGGCGAGGGGCAGCGGGCCUAGGCGGGAGCGACUACAUUGUCCGACCCGAAGGGCACGUCAGGGACCACCACCGAAUUGCAGGCCUAUUGCCUGGGAGGGCGGGGCGUGUGUGUGUGUGUGUGCAAGACGCGUGCUACUAGCGGGGAGCAGCCAAUGUUCGCUUUGGGGGGAGAGGAAGAAAUCACCAGACAUGCAUUUUUUUGUCAGGUGUAACCCUGGCACGUCUCAUUGCUCUUACCCUGGAGGCAAAGAAGCAUCGAUUUUUCCCUCUUGAGCUCGCCAGGGUGUGCGAAAAUCGGCCGUGUGUGUAGAGUAAUAUUGUUGUUCGUGAUGGCGUUGCCGCCGGUGUCUCCGCUUGCCUUUUGCCUUUCGUCGUCGCCUUGAAGGCAGCUGUCGUGUCUACAGCAGCACGGGUGCUCACCAGGCAGCUGUGGUUGUUGUACGGUGGACUCGGGACGCUUCGCUUUUGCAGUGUUUGUAUUUUUGUUUACACGGUAGGAAGGCGGCAAUGCUGUCCUAAAAGAGGCCCCAGCGAAGUUUGUUCAGCAGCGGAAGUAGCCACGACGAGAGCACAGCCUCGGUGAUAAAAAUCGACGCGCUGUCGCGCCGCAUCAAGUAUCAGGGAAAUGCACGGCUGGUGUUUUUCCAAGCCGCGGCGCAUGGUUGCCUAACUCUUGUAUGUAGUUUUACUUUAGACGGUGGGGUUUCCCAAAUAUUUCAGGGGAAACCAUAGCCCAGGUAUCAUGUUUGCAUGAGGCCGGUAGUUUGUAUUUUGUGAGUGCUCGAUUGUUGGUGCUGUUGCUGUUUUUCUUGGCAUUAGUAAAAACAGUCCCUACCUCUGCUCAGUAUCUUCUGGCAUCCGUGCUAGGCGCAACCUUUGACGCGAACACCUUCAGUGAUCUCAAGCAAUACAAUAGUGUCACUGCCGCUCAUCCAAAUCAUCGAAGGGAAAAGAUCCAGGACCCAGAACAAUCCACACAAGCUCCCAUGAGAGAACGUGGGAGUUCGGAACAAGCUGUGCUCUUUUUGGCUAGGG